AUGGAGAUUCAAAUCGGGGAUAGACGACAAAACCUUUAUCGAUAUGGGGGAUUUAUAAACGUUUACGAUUAUAAUGUGAAUCAAUUUGAAAGUGCAGACUCUAUUGCCGAAAUAUAUAUUCAAGAUGGCCAGGUAUUCUUUCGCAACAUUCAGUCUAAGGCAACUUUUCAAACAAUCCGAUUGCUUCCUUCGCCUAGUGAAAAAAAGUUCUUUUAUUAUAUUCCCUUGAAUGAAACACUGUAUAUUAAUGACAUAAAAACGACCGUUUUACCUACAAGUUCAUUUACAUCUUCCGAAGGUGUUAAUAAUAGUUUUAAAACGGGGACUACGACAAUUCCAAAUACACCACAAAAGCCUUCUCAGCCUGAACUAACUUCCCUCACAGAGCCCAGGGUAAACAAGCCGUUUGUUUUUGACACAAAAUCUGAAAGUAAACUUCAACCGGUAUGGGGAAAACAAAAGUCGACUCCUUCCGGUCAGCUCUCGCAUAUUGCUUCGGAAACGACGACGCUUGAUUUGGAAAGAGCGUUGUUUGAUCAGAAUAUACCGGAAUCCCAAUCGAAUGAAAAAAACUCCACGGACGCCCCAGUAAAUGAAACAACGAUGCCUGCGAAAAAUGAGGAAGAGACAGAUUCCAACCAAAAUCAAGAUACCGUAUCUUCAGUUUAUGAUUCUGACCUAAAAGAAAAUGGUGAAGCUGAUGAAGGAAGAAUUGAUCGGGUGGAAUCCAAUCAUUCUUUCGAGCAAGCGGCCGCUCCAGGAUCCGACACAAUGAACGAAGAAGAAAACAAUAUACCCUCUACCCCUGCCGAAAUAAAUAUAUUUGAAAACAGAGAAUCACCAGAAAAAGUAGACCAGCAAUUUGCUAAGGAAAGGAUACCAUCACAGGAAAAGCAAGGAAAAAUUAUUUACGAUCAUCAACAGACAGACCCUGAUACAACAGAAUCAGAAAGUAAUUCAAACAAAGAAGAAGCUCAUAAUGUGGAAAAAGUUCCAGAAUAUGUCGCUGCUGAUGUAUCGAAUCCAAGCCCAGCGAGAAAAAAGGAUAUUGAAGAAAAUCAAGAGGAAGUACAUACAGGUCAGCAAAUCCUACAGGAAACAGAAGAAAAUGAAACAAAAGAUGUAGAGGGACAAGAGCAAGAAAAAGAGGAGGAAGAGAUUCCUCUGACGAAUUAUACGUUUCCAUCGUCCGCUGGAUCAAAUGAAGAACAUGAACACAAGGGUUCUCAAUUGCAUUCGGAGGGAAUCAAUAUUGUUACUUCAAGCUUUAAUUUAACAAAACCCAUGCAAGCUUUUGCGAGAAAAAAAGCUAUCAAAAUUCAAGAUUCUGUUACGGACGCAACAAAUUGUAUUAUUCUUGGGUCUCCACCUCUUCGCAGAACGCAUAAAUUUUUGUUGGCAACUUCUCUUGGAAAACCAGCAGUUUCUUCUAAGUAUAUACUGGAUUCUAUGAAAGAAGGCUCGCUACUAAAUUACAAUGAUUAUAUAUACGAAGACCAGCAGGCAGAAGAAAAAUGGAAGUUUUCAUUGAUAAACGUUCACAAAAGGCAUUGUUUAGAGGGAUUGAAGUUUUAUAUUACCACAGCUAUGCGGAGUUCCAUGGUAGGUGAUUCUCUUCAAGGACUAUACUCCAUCAUUCAAACAUCUGGUGCCAAAAUUGUUGAAGACAUACAAGAAGCUCAGAACCCACAAGUGGUAAUUUUGGGCUUACCGGCAAACGAUGCAGAGGGUUACAACAUGUUUGCUACGGGUCUACGCGUGUUUAAAAUGGAGAUAAUAGCGCUUUCUAUUCUUCGUGAUAGAAUUGAUUUUGACGAGUUUGUUAUUGAUUAUUCUCAAAAGAGCGUACCCUCCACUGGAUCGUCCGGACGAAGCAGAAAGCGCAGUUCUCGAACUUCUUUUAGCAAGUCCAGAACAAAAGAACAAAAGACUUGA